GCGUGCGCGCGCACAUGUCCAGCAGCAACGUGAAGCUAAAGAUUGCACUGUGAAAGGUCGUGAGUGUAAAAUACACCGUUCGUGUGGGAUAAACAAUGAAGAACCGCAGUGGAUGUAAUAUCGAUCAAAAACUGAAGCACAGAGUCCAGCAGUAUCUGAAAGAACACAAUGACCCUUACGUGGAUCUGACAUCCAUGGCCUUUGACCUUCAACAGCAGUUCAGGACAGAGUAUGGCAGGAGGAACCGGACGGCUUUCAGGAUUCAAGUGGAGAAAGUGCAUGCAGCGAUAUCUAGCAAGUGUGACAUCUCUGUCCUGGAAAACAAACAUUUAGUGAAAAGAGCAAGACUCAGCCGAGAGGAUGGGGAUGACAGUCACUUCACAGAAGAUACCACCGACAGUGAGGAUGAUAUUUGCGAACAUGAACAGACGAAUCACAUGAACAGCUCGCUGGUGUCACUCUAUCAGAAAGGGAAUCCAGCGGCCCCGCACAAGAGCGACAGCGAUGGCUGGUUCAUUGAUAAGUCUGGAAUCAGAGAGCCGGAGAACAUCUGCAUAGAUCUGCGUGAGGAGGACUCCACCGGCACCGCGAAACCAAUCGAAAAGAAAUCAAAGAAAAGAGUGAAGAAGCACAAACAUGGGGAAAUUCAUGAGGAAAACGUUGAAAUUACCACUGGCACACAGGCGAAAAAGAGUGAGUGAGGCCAACAGUCUUCUAAAGCAUGAAUCUCACAAAACGAAAUGUGUCCGGGUC